CCUCAACCUUCUCGCCCUUCACGCAUUGCCUUCGGUGACGAUGGCGAGCCAUGUCGACCGCCCUCAGCAAUCCAUCAACCGGAAUCGAUCUUGAUGCUCUCAUAGCAGCUCUUCCGGCGUGCAAAAGAUGCCGAGACUGUCGGCGUGGAUGUGACACUACGCUGCCUAAAUGCCGACAAUGUACCAAAGCUGGACAGGACUGCAUCUUCUUCGACCAUGGCCGCAAUGAGUUUCUUCCCCGAAGGCACUACAUUGCGGCUUUGGUUGAUCACGUGCGCAAUAUAUCUUCCCGUGCAAAUCCUGCCCCAGUUACUCCUGGGGAGACUCCCCGAGAAACCAAUGCGGCGCCAUCAGCACACGCCGAGUCAGUCACCUCUGAUCUUUAUCCAUAUGUGCAUCACUUUGCGUACGCAGGUGGGAGCUAUCGCUACCUCGGAGCUCAAUCAUGUCUCGUGUCAUCCCCGAGGUUGCAACAGGCCAUCCCCGGACCACCCGGAGAUCUGGAUAACGAUGAUGUAGAAAUGGUUUGGAAAAAUCCCAUGAACUACAAUGAACUUGUUCAAACCUAUCUCAAGAUUGUGCAUCCUUUGUACCCGAUCUUGGAUCCUAAUUCUCGCUUUCUUGUUCCAGAUGUUGACCUUACGACCCUCACUGCUUCGGAAAUCUUUGCUCUUUAUAUGAUCUAUUCAAUCGGUUGUCAUGUGGUUCCUGGAAAGACCCCAAGAUAUCCCUAUUCCGGUAAACUAUCCUUCCAGCAUGCAACAUCUCAAAAGUAUCAAUAUUUCGGGGCCGAGUGCUUCCAACAUGCCAUGGCCAACUUGGACGCCUCGACUGUGGAACCAACAAUUGACACGCUACGCGCUGUCCUCUUACUCGCUAUCAAUAGCCUAUUCGACCCGAAAAGCGGAAACAUCGGACAACAAGUGGCACUGGCAACCAGGCUUUGUCUUGAUUUAGAGCUGCAGGAUUUGGGGGUCGAAGAUACAGCAUUGGUCGAAAACAUGCAUUCGACUAUCUUCAGUAUGGAAAAUGAGAUCGCUUCGGUGCUCGACCGACCUGCCACAUUCCCAGAGCCAUCGUGGGAGCUUUCUUUUAGCCCCAACAACCCGUCUCGCUACCUUUGCUCUCUCUACCGCCUCCAAUAUCGUUUUCGCAAAGGCGACCACUCUGUCCGAGCUCUCCUCCCUCCCGCAGUCGAUCCUGCCACCCAUGGAGUUGAUUCGCGCCUUGGCCCAUGUCUACGUCUCGCUCUUCACCAAACGUACCUACUUUUAAAUCCUUGUUGGGCGACCGCCUGGCAUGUCCUAGAAUCUGUAGUAGCCCACGGCUGCAUCCACAUUUAUCUCACCCCCCAUUGGGUGUAUCGAGCGGGGACGAUUCUGAUCCAAAACAUGUCCACCAUUGACAAGGAAAAUCUCAUGCAAUUAUACUCAAAUGCGCUCGUUAUGCUAGAGGUGUCACAGCAAAAAUGGCAGGGUUCUGGUGCCCUUGCAACAUCACUUGAGGGCCUUCUAAACCAGAUGAAAACAAAAAGUGGACCUGGGCCGGACUGGGGAACUUUGGCGUUGGGGAUGUUAAAAUAGUAUACACUCGGCUUCUUAUGUUAACGAAUCACGACACUUGGGUGAUUUCUGCCCAGGUGCCUCUCAGUCACGAGCAUUUAAUGUCUCUCAAAUCUUUUGUGUACCCACUUAAACAAGCAUACUUCAACUUGGGCAAAAUUGCCUGCCAUUGUACUUCCAUCUUUUACCGUCAAUUUCUCUGCAAAUCUUCAUCUGAGCCAUCAAAUGAAGAGUCGGUCUCUUUUAGUAUCCACCUUACCCUUUAGUUCUAGCGUCUCAUUUUUCACUAUCUUAAUAACUACUUAGCGAUACUUUAUUAAAUUAAAAAUAUAUAAACUU